UGUUAGUCCCACCUUUUUGUGUUUCCCGCACCGUCAAUCAAAAUAGAAAAAAAUCGACCCGAAUUCACCGAUCAACACUAGCCCGCCUUUGAUACAAUAAUCAUGUUUGGAGUUUAGUUUACCAGAUAGUCUCCCGGUUCCUACCACUCACGCUAUGACUGGUACGUAAACAGUUACCGCAUCGAAGCGCGCAACUAAUCGCGCCAGAGCAGCCUCUGAAACAAGGAGAAAUGGCGUCCGCGGACGUGGACAGCAGUCAAAGCGAGUUUCUGCAACCCGGCGGCGCAGCGGAAACACAGACUACAGAUAUGUCUGCAAUUCAGCUGACGGGUUCAGAUCGAUGGGAGGUGUUAACGCCUGUCUCAACUGGGAAGGAAGAUCAGGGAAUUGUCCACAUUCAAAACUCUGGGAUUGUCACGUCCAACGGGCAGUACAUGCUUCCUAUUGGGAGUCUCCCCAACCAGCCCAUCUAUGUUACAGCAUCUGGGAAUGAGGCUUCACACAAUGGCGUGUCAGGCAUUCAGUAUCAGGUCAUCCCCCAAAUCCAAAAUGCAGAUGGGACACUUACAGGUUUCACACACGGACUGGAUGAUGGCACAGGGCAGAUCCACCUCCUCCAAGAUGGUGGCCAGGGCAGCAUUGGAAUCAGCUGUGCCACAACAGCGACCACGGACCUUCUGACGCAGGCGGGGCAUGUACACUCAAUCCAAGGCGUCUCGCUGUCUGGGGGGUCAGCAUACACCAGCUCAGUACCUGUGGGGCUGCCCGGCAACAUAACGUUUGUCCCGAUAAACAGUGUGGAUCUGGAGUCUCUAGGGCUGACCGGAGCGCACACGGUCCCCAUCGCAACCGGGGUAACGCCUGAAGGUCAGCUGAUCAUGGGCGGCCAGACGCUGGACAGUCAUGGCCAGGACACAGGUGUCAAGCAGUCGCUGGUGACGGUGAGCGCUGCAAACCACGAACUCUACGUGCCAACCACCACUUCGUCAAACUCCUCCCAUCUUCCGGAGACCAUCGACGGUACCGGGGUUCUGACCCAAGCAACCGCCGUGUCUGCAGGUGUGUCCGACCCCUCCUCAGAGAACUUCAACUCCCACAACCACCUGCAGCAAAUCCAGGUCUCAUCCUCCAACGCCACCACUAUCUCGCAGCCCAUCCUGCAGCUGUCUGGGGACAGUCAUGCCCAGGUGGUUCAGGGUCAGGACCUGAAUGCAGGAGGUCAGACUCUACAGAGUGUGCAGCUGGUCAACCCAGGGACCUUCCUCAUCCAGGCCCAAACUGUCACUGCUACUGGACAGAUCCAGUGGCAGACUUUCCAGGUUCAAGGUGUCCAGUCACUCCAGGGGCUUCAGUUUCCCCAGGGACAGGGACAGACCCAGCAGCUGACCCUAGCCCCGGUCCACACAGGCCAGGUCAGCCUGCCCAACCUCCAGACAGUCACCGUGAACUCUGUAGCACAAAGUGGAGUUCAGUACACGCAGGGCGAGGACGCAAACAGUCCAGUUGGCAUCCAGAUAAAGGAGGAACCGGACUCUGAAGAGUGGCAGCUGGAUGGGAACUCCACACUGAACCCCAGCGAUCUGAACAACCUGCGCGUGCAGAUUGGCGAGGAGGAAAUGGAAAUGCAGGGCGGGGAGGGCAAGCGGCUCCGCAGAGUAGCCUGCACAUGCCCCAACUGCAAAGAGUCUGGAGGAAGAGGUUCAGGCAUGGGGAAGAAGAAGCAGCAUAUCUGCCACAUCGCCGGCUGUGGGAAGGUUUACGGGAAGACGUCUCAUCUUCGAGCUCACCUGCGCUGGCACAGCGGAGAGAGGCCCUUCGUCUGCAACUGGAUGUUCUGCGGGAAGAGGUUCACCCGGAGCGACGAGCUGCAAAGACACAGGAGGACACACACAGGAGAGAAGAAGUUUGUGUGCACGGAGUGCUCCAAGAGGUUCAUGCGGAGCGACCACCUGGCCAAGCACAUAAAGACUCACCAGAAUAAGAAGGGCAUGGUUCCCUCCUCCACGUCUCCGCCCAACACCGACUCCGUCAUCACCGCCGACGGAACCACACUCAUCCUCCAGACCGCCACCCACGACCUCCUAUCCAAUCAGGAGAUCCCAUUGCAGCUGGUCACCGUGGCGUCCGGUGAGGUUAUGGAAUGAGGGGGUGAAUUGGGUGUUUUUUUUGAGAACUGGCCUAUCACAGGGACCUCUUGGGCUUUUCUCUUUCCCCUCUAACCUUUUUUUUGUUUUGUUUUUUUACAUAUGAAUAUAUACGUAAAUAUAUAUGACAAAUAUAUAUAUUUUAAGAGUUAUCAUGACUUUGUGUUUGUUUUUUGCAGCCUUUUUAUAGGCGGGCAAAAAUAACAUUAAAAUGUGGUUGCUAUUUACAUACACACACACACACACACACACUAACACUCAACACAUGACAUUAAUACUCAACACAAUGAAAUGCCUUAUUUUGUAUCAUAAUCUUGUAUAAAAUGCUGGAGGUGCAUGUGUUUUUUAAGCUUUGCAGAUGUAACUGUAACGGAGAUAAAUGUGUUUGUGAAAUGGAGAUGAUGAUGAUGAUGAUGAUGAUAAGGAGGAGUUUCCGAAAGAGAAAAGGAAGUAGUGAACCUCUCGGACAUGAUUGAAUAUUUGUCGCUGAAGAGUUCCGACAACCAGCGCUGCUUCCACGCUGAACUGGUGCACUGCUGCUGCCAUGGUGGUGGUUAAAGGCAGAGUUCAAGAUUUUAGGGAUAACGCAUUUCUUUUAAUUUUAUUUUUCUUGAAAAGUUAGACGAGAAGAUUACGGCCACUCAUGUUUUCAUGGUAAAUAUGAAACUACUGGUUAACUUACAUUGGGGAAACGGCGAGCCCGGCUGUCCAAAGGUAACGCGAUCUGUCCGUCAGCACCUCUAAACGUGAUUACUUAAAACGUAUCUUGUUUGAAGGUACAAUAUGCAACGAUUUCCUUAAAAACCGUGUAUAGACUUAAGUAUGCGGUGGUGUCGGUCUCUGCAGAGACCCUGUCCCUCUGCCUGUAUGUUCUCUUUUCUUCUUUCCUUUGGUGUCUGGGCCGGUUCUCAUCCCUCUGAGGCACACAGACCUCACGGGCCUGACAGACAGACAGGUGCCUUGGUCUUCACGCCGACUUCAUACAUAACAUACAGCCAUGUGAGUGCUAUCAAUCGUUUCAUCUUGCUCUUCUCAAGAAAGCAAAUAAGCGUAUUCUUCCCAAAAUGUAGAACUUUGACUUUAACAAACCGGUGACGUGAUGUCGUGGUCCAGUAUGUGACGCGGUUCUGGUCCAGUAUGCGCCGCUUCAAGCCGAGCAGGAGGUUCAGCGUAGUGGGGGUCAGAGCAGGAAAUAGAUGCAAGCCGCUCUGAAAAAAGAGCAACUUCUUCCAGCAUCUGGUCCGCCUGAACAGAAUGUCUCAUCGGUCCUCACGAGCACGCCGUCCGCUGUGCUUGUCCAUGUCCAAAAAAAAAAAAAGUCUUUAUUUUUCUUUUCAUAUUUUUGUUGUAAAUUCACAUUGUGUAUCAGUUUUCUGUGUCUCUCUUCACCAAUCUGCAUGUCGUCUGAACCGAUGCCACACGAUGGCGUGUCGAGUGGUCGUCUCUGUGUUCCUGCAGGGCUCUUCAUCGCCAUCGUCAGCCGCUCGUCGGCUGCAGGGGAUGCACAUGCACCAAUGUUGCCAUGUGAAGAAAACAAAUGCAACGAAUCAUAAAGCCCCCCCCCCCCCUUCCCCCCUCCCAGGGCGUGUUUGUCAUCGAACAUUCCAGUUGGACACCGGAUGAUGUGGGAUUAGUUUCGCAAUAACGGCUCUGUUGGUAAUUGUGGACGGAUGUCACUCAAGUCAAAAGGAAAACAAUCAAUCAUGCCAUUGUUUUUUUUAUUUUAAUUAAUGUAAUCCUUUCCUCAGUUUGUCCUUGUUUGUAGCAUUCAUUUACAUGUAUAUUAUCUUAUUUUCACAUUGUUUAUAGAAGCCAUUACUUAGUUAACUGAAUUUAUUGUAUCAAAACCUUAUUUUAAGUGAUUUUUUUUUUUUAAGAAUUGGUGUAUAAAAUUGAAUGUUACCUUUUGUAAAACCUUUUUUCAAAUGGAUCACAAUAAAAGUCUGAAACCUUC